CCCUGUGGACGGGCGGGGAGGGGCGGAACUGGAGGAAACAGGGAGGAGACGGGGUUAAGGGACCCCGGGACCAGCGCCGGGAAGGGGCUGCAGGCGGCUCGCGAGGCGGCGGACGCAGCCUGGGCCACGGCCUGUGCGUGCGGAGACACAGGGGAGCCCUGCGCGUCCACCCUGAGAGCCCACGGCUGCUUUCCCGCCGUCUGCAGCUCCAAGCUCCUCUCCCCAGCAGCCGGGGACCGCUGUGGGUGUGGAGGAAGGAAGGGCCGCGCCGUGAGAGCGAGGGAAACCUGACCUGAGGGACAGAACAGGAAGGAAGCAGCCUUUGCCAGCAAUGUCAGAGGCCAGCCUGAUGUCUGGGGAGCCAGGCCUACCAGUAGUCAGCAGGGACAGUGACUUGGACCAACUCCCAGGACCUGACCCUGAGGACCAUCCUGGGGCGGCUGCUGCAGCUCUGAGCUCAGGUCCCCGUGGUCUGGACACCCACCAAGCCUGCAGCUGGCCCGAGCUCCGGACCCUCCUGCAACAACUGCCCCCACAAGACAGUGACGAGCGCUAUUGCCUGGCCCUUGGGAAGGAGGAGCAGGCUGAGCUGCAGCUCUUCCAUGCCCAGCGGAAACAGGAGGCCCUGGGGCAGGGAGUGGCCCGCCUGGUCCCUCCCCAGCUGGAAGGAUAUACCUGUGAGAAGUGCAGGAAGCAGCUGAAGCCAGGGGACUACGGGGUAUUUGCGGCCCGGGCAGGAGAGCGGCACUGCUGGCAUCGGCCUUGCUUUGCCUGCCAGGUCUGCGGCCAGGCCUUGAUAAACCUCAUCUACUUCUACCACGAUGGGCAUCUCUACUGUGGCCGACAUCACGCCGAACUGCUGCGACCACGCUGCCCAGCUUGUGACCAGCUCAUCUUCUCCCGGCGCUGCACCGAGGCGGAGGGACGGCACUGGCACGAGAACCACUUCUGCUGCCAGGACUGCGCCGGGCCCCUGUGUGGAGGCCGUUAUGCCCUGCCGGGGGGCAGCCCCUGUUGUCCCAGUUGCUUUGAGAGCCGUUACUCGGAUGCGGGCUCCAGCAGGCCCCUGGAAGGGCUGGCGACCCUUGGGGAGGCGGGACCCGACGGGAGCAAACGGAGGGAUGGCACCUCGCUGGACGCCUUGAGCAGCCACGAAACACCCUUUCUCGUCGCCAGCUCCAACCUGGAGGCCCAGCAGGGGCUGCUAGGAUCCUGCCCGGAAGAGCCACAGUGCCAAGUUGGGGCCGAGGGACCCUCAAAAUCGGGGCAAGACCGACUGCAGAUGCCCCGUGAUCCCAAAGAGGAUGCCCCCUGCUCCACCUGCUCCUCCUCCUCGGACUCAGAACCAGAAGGCUUUUUCUUCGGCCAGCCUCUUCCCCGGUCCCGAAAUGCCCCCGGACGCCCCGAAGCGAGGGACAACGACACCCCUAGGAAGCACUGCACCCUUUCCUAGUGGCCCAGCAGAGAAUAGGGUGGGAGCGAUCCUGUAAGGCGAGAGAAAAAGGCGCUCCUUCCCUUAGUAAACUCGUAGGGUGAAAGAAUUCGGAGACAAGCCGGAGUAGUGGCGGCGAGCUUACAAACUUGGGGUGCGCCCUCUGUAAGCGCCGCGCGUUCUACGACUUUCGA